GAAUUCGAGACUUCAGGGUCACUUUUUCCCUAGUGUUUGUUAAGAAGUCACUUCAUAUGACUUUACUACUUGGUUUAAUAAGCUUUCAUAUGAUUAAAUAGUUUCAACGGGCUUCGUACUUUGCAUAAUUUCCAUCUCGUUUUAGUCGAUUACCGUAUGGUAUGCAAUAUUACCUAUGGUUGUCGACCAAACAUCGAGACUUGAUAAAACAUCUGCUGGCGAAGAUCUAGAAACUCAAUCUGAGAAGGUUCUUGUUGAAGAUGUUUCACAAGAAACAGUGUCUAUCACUAUCUCAGAAUCACUCACAGAUGAGACAGAUGCCUCUACAACUAUAAAUUCACAAUCAACCAAUCAUGAGAAUAAAUCAGAAACACUUCAAACAUUUACACGUUGUAAAAGUCCAACUAAUAAUAACAAUUCAUUAAGUAGUUCAUCUAAUGCAACAUCUAUUGAAUAUUCACAAACAUCAAGUCCAGGUGAUUCUGGUCGUCGACGUUUAGUACCAGAUUUCAAUAUAGAUGAUUUAUUAUUAAUAUCUGAAUUAGGUCGUGGUAAUGGUGGAAUUGUAACAAAAUUACAACAUAAAUCAUCUGGUACAUUUUUAAUUAGAAAAACAUUUGAAUUAGAUGUAAAAACUACUACAAGAGCACAGAUUGUUAGAGAUUUACAAGUCCUUUGGGAGUGUAUAUCACCACAUAUAAUUGAAUUUCAUGGAGCAAUACAUUCUGAAUGUUUAAUAAGUAUAUAUAUGGAGUAUAUGGAUGUUGGUGGAAUGGACUUACUAUUGAAAAUGGUAGGACGUUUCCCUGAACCAAUUAUAAUUCAUAUUGCUGAUUCAGUUGUAUCAGGUCUACUUUACCUCUGGCAAGAGUUGCAUAUGUUUCAUCGUAAUUUGAAACCAUCCAAUAUACUCAUUAAUCGUGCUGGUACUAUUAAAUUAUGUGAUUUUGUCGUCAGUUUGCAGCUGAGUGAAUAUGUAGCUUCUGGAUUUUUAGGAUUCUCCACUUACAUAGCACCUGAACGUCUGGCAGGUGAACUAUUCAGUGCAGCUAGUGAUAUAUGGAGUCUUGGAUUGACAUUAAUGGAAUUAGCUAUUGGACAAUAUCCGAUCCCAUCUAUUGAUCCAGUUGAUUUUGUACGUGCAUUUGCGCCAGAUCAACAAACAAACAUGCUUGAACAUUUUAGAGCUGCAAAAACUGGUGAAUUAUUACCUGCACUUACAGAUCCAAAAAGUCGAUCAACUAUUGGUAUGUACAAUUUAUUUACCUAUAUUGUAGAACAACCAGCUCCACGUUUACCAGUAUAUUGUUUCUCAUCUGAAUUUAUAUAUUUUAUUCAUUCAUGUUUACAAAAAGAUGCUGAUGAUCGUUUAUCUAUUGAAAUUAUUCAUAGACAUUUUAUUCCAGAAUUAAUUAAACUUACUUGUCCUCAUUCAAAUCAUAAUACACUUCGACCAAUUUUUAUUGAUAGUUGUUUAAUUAAUUAUUUACGUGGUGUAUUCGCUCGUCAACAAGCUGAAGCAAUUGAUGCUGUUGCAUUAGCUGUUGGUGAAGAUUUUGAUUCUAUUGAUACUGAUUUUGAAGUUACCACUAUGUUGGAUUCAGUAUAGAUCUAUUGUAAUGGUUCACUUUGUCCUAUAUGUGUAUAUAUAUAUUCUAGUGAAAGUAACUGAGACACACACACACAGAGAGAGAAAACUUGAAUAAUACAGAGAAAAGCUAAAUUAGUGUACCAAAAUGUAAUAUGUAGUAAAGUGAAAUCUUUUAAUUUAUUUUUGUGAUCUUUAUUGGAACUUUUUUAAACCCUCUCCCGACUGAACGUUUCCUUUUCUUAAAUGGAUGUCUUCACUUUAUUCAUGAUAUUUAUUUAUUCGUUGUUUAUUCUAAUGUUUUCUCCUACAGCUUCGUAUCUUUUCCUAAUAUUUUCCUCUAUAAUUCCCAAAGAAUUAUAGAAUGAGAUUUCCCCUUUUUGUUUCAUUUACGUGUUUACAUUUUCUCAUGUGUUGUAUACUACUGAUUAACUGUUAUAAGUAACAAUCAUAAUAAUAAUAAUCAAAUGAUGAUCUUGUUUUGCUGUGUAUGUGUAUAUUUAUACAAAAAGAUAUGAUAUACAAAUUAAAUAUGUUUAUUUACAUAAUUCACCUGAUAUCUAUGUUGUUAUGUUCACCUAUUACAUGGUUACUGAAAGAAAAACAGACAAAAACAAACCUACAUAUUCUAAUUUAAUGUUUACGGUUUUUCACUAAAUAUUUCAAUAUCAUAAUAAUGAAUGAUUGGUAAUCAUAACCACAUAGGUAUUUAUAUGAAUUAAUGAGUGUUUCAUAACUAUAUACCUACCUUAGAGUGAUGAAACUUCUUUUGGAUAAUAUUUCCACCUUCUAUACUUCUUAUCAAAACGAAUCAUUUGGGUUCUUGUAAACUUAUCAAACCAUGUAAAUCAUGUAAAGUAUUUUUUAGUUGAAUAAAAGACUAUUGAGAAUUGUAUUGUUUCCCAUAUUUUUCCAUCGUGUAAUCAAAAACAAACAAGUAAACAAACAAAGAAAACAAACUUUUGUCUUUGUAUUCAAAUUUCUUGGCUUUUGUUUUUCUAUUUGGAUUUAUAUUUUCCUAAAUAUUUUUCUCUUUAUUACAAAUACACACAUUUUGUGAGUAGAUCCAUAAUGCUUGAUUUACUAAUGGAAUUUUUUUUUAUAUAUUUGGAAGAAAAUAUACAAGUGAUAUUGAUUUGUGUGAGUUUUUGGAUCUUCUUGUAGGUUUAUGAUUGUUGAAAUGCGUAGCUGUUGAUAAAGAUUAUGUUUGUAAAAUAUUCUUGAUGUUUUAUAUGUUGACGUUUUGCGUGUAGCUUGACUUAAUUUCUGGAUCGUAUACUACGUCCUUACCGCUCAUGGGGGAGAAUAGGUCGCCUACUUGCAUUUUCAAUAGAACUUUGUUCUGGGCAAUCUUUUCCAGUUGCUAUUCAUUCUUUUGAUAUCUACUUUCAAUUUCCGACUCGGUGUUUCUUGGUCUUUCUCAUUUUUGUUUCCAUUCAGGGUUUCAAGUUAGGGCUUACCUCGUAAUGCAGUCUGGUGAUUUCCUCAAUGUAUAUCCUGCCCAUUCCCUGCGUCCUUUCCUUAUUUCCUCAGCUGGAAGCUGGUUUUUCCUCUCCUACAGUAGGUUGUUGCAGAUGGUAUCCGACCAACGGAAACUGAGUAUCUUGCGUAGACAAUUGUUUAUAAAUACCUGUACUUUUUUGAUGGUGGUUGUGGUAUUUCUCCAAGUUUUAGCUCCGUACAAUAGAACUGUCUAGAUGUUCGCACUGAAGAUUCUGAUUUUGAUGUUGGUCAACAGUUGCUUUGAGUUCCAUAUGUUCUUCAGUUGUAGGAAUGUGGCCUUUGUUCUACCAAUCCUUUCUUUACGUUUGCAUCAAAUCAUCCUUCUUUAUCAAUGAAGCUACCCAGAUGCGUGGAAGUUUCCACCUCUCCCAGAGCUUCUCCAUCAAGUGUGAUUGGGUUGGUGCUCUCCGUGUUGUAUUUGAAGAUCUUGCUUUUUCCGUUGUGUAUGUUGAGGCUCUUUCCACACUGGUUGUCUUCACCCUCACUUGUUGGUGUAUGGUAUAGAAGGGUCAGGUCAUCUGCGAACUGCAAAUCACCCAGUUGCAUCUAAGCUGUCCAUUGUAUUCGGUGCUUCUCGUUAGAUGUAGAGGACUUCAAAAUGCAAUCAACCAUCAGAAGAAAUAGAAAGGAAGAGAGUAAGCAACUUUGUCUGACUCCAGUUCUUACUUGGAAUGCGUCUGUCAGUUUUCCUCCAUUCACGAAUUUGCAGUGUAGUCCGCCGUAUGAAUUUCGUAUGAUGUUGACGAUUUGCCCAGGUACACCAGUGUCCAUAAGGUCCUCCUAUCCAUACUGUCAAAUGAUUUAUAUUGACGAGUUCUAUCCAAUUGAUUGUUCAACGCUGAUCGUAAUAUUAGAUAUGAUCUGCGUACGACCGACCUAUACGGAAUCCGGCCUGUUGAUCUCGUAGUCAGACGUCCACUGAGUCUUUCAUCUGGUUGGGUAACAUUCUAUUGAAAACUUCCUGGUACUGACAGUAGUGUGGUGCCUCUAUAAUUCUGGCAUUUGCUCAGAUCUUCCUUUGGUAUCUUGAUGAGAUAUGCUUCUUUCCAGUCUGUCAGCACUUGUUCCUCCUCCCAAAUCUUCCCGAAUAGAACGUGGAGCAUUUUUACCGUUACUUCUAUGUCUGACGUCAAUGCUCCGGCUGUUACAUUGUCUGAUCUUUCUGCUUUCCCGCUCUUGAUUUUUCCCAUCGCCGUGCUGGCUUCGUUGGUAGGAUGGCAACUAUAGGAAGGUCUGUUUGUGCUGUUUCGUUGUCCGGUGGAUUCAUUGGAGCUGGUUUAUUCAAGAGUUGCUGGAAGUAUUCUGCCCAUCUGUUCCUCUGUUGUGGAAUCUCUGAUUGAUUUGCAUUAUUUGUCCCUGGUUGGUCUCUCUGGUUUACUAUAUAUUUCCUAAGCCCAGGUAAAGGAGGAGGGUUGGACAUUGAAUCAGCGACCUCAUCCCGUAGAAAACAACCUUGCCAAAAAACGCUAACCAGAAUAAACAGUUUAAAUUAUGGGAGUUGGAAGAUCUUCACUCAGAAGAAUUAUGACGCCUCAUAGUGAAAGGCGAGAUUCUUCGGAAGUCAUUAGGUUGAUGCCGCUUCUAACAAGCAGAGCAACAAUUAAUAUAGGUACGUUGAAUGUCCGGACUAUGUGGGAGACAGGGAGGACUAAUCGAAUAGCUACGGAAACAAGUAGAUUCAACUUCGCGGUGCUCUUGUAUACUACGUGACCCCUAUAAAAACGACUCAUAUUUUGAUGUGCGAAAAAUGUGUCUGACUAUUCCUAGAAUACCGUACUUAUAUUCUGAGUAUUGUUCUCAUGAGCGAUAAGCUUAGGUUGAAAUUAUUUCUGCGGCUUUAUGCACUUCUCACUCUUGCUUAUGGUUGUACUUCAAAGUACAAAUGUAGAUCGAUUAAGCUAGAACUUUUAUUUAUUAAAGGAGAUGCUUCAAAUGUAUCAAAUCUUUUUCUCUAAAAUACUGAGUACGUUAUCGUUUUCAUCCACUAAUGCAACCCAAUGUACAGAAACAUCUAGUUAUAACAUGCAUAACUAUAUUUAAAGUCAAACUGUUUCACUCUAAAUCUUCCUAUAUGAAUCACAUUGCAAGUAAAUUAUCGAGACUCUGGAUUAAUGUGUUUCCAUCUCAGUGAAACAAAAUUACUACAAUUUUAUGUUCGUUACAUCAGCAAUGAAUUCUCCUCUGAAAUCGCCUUGAAUAUGCUUACAUCAUUGACUAUGCCAUCUCACUGAUGAAAUCAUAGGGAUAUUGAAUUUCUAGUCAUUGGUUUUACUAAGUAUAUUUAUUAAACUUUCUUUCUUGAAGAUACUUUACACUCCCUGAUUAACGUGAUUAGUUAAAAUAAUAUCUAUCCAAAUUGAUAGGUCACAAAGC